AUGAGUUUGAUUCAUACUCGUAUCUUUUCGUCUAGUCUCCUCAUUAAACAGGGCAUCCUUAACCAUCGUCAUGGUCAUUGCCAAUGCUCUCUGAAACAAAUUGCGAUUAUCCAAACUGAUACAGGAGCUACAAUUCAUAAUAAACCAGAGUGGAAGGUGACAAUUCACAAUGUCUGUUCUUGUGCUGUAUUGCACCUGAAAUUAGAUUGCAGUGGUUUUCAAACCGUGGAAGAUAUUGACCCUUCAGUCUUGAGCAUAUCCAAUGGCGAGUGUCUUGUCAACAAUGGCCAACCCAUCUAUCCUUCUACUACAUUCAGCUUCACCUAUGCUUGGGAUACUUCGUUUCCUUUCAAGCCAGUUUACUCUGAGGUUGCUUGUUCUUAA